AUGGUGAGGAAUCAGACCCCGAGAUAUCGCCUGCGCAUUCUCAAAGCUGAUAUCUCCAAACCUGACGUGCCCACUCAUCCGCCAUCACCCGUCAAGGUCGCCCAGAAGAAGUCCGAUACUUGGGAAGACGAUGACGCAUUCGGGAUAAGAACGAUCAAAGAAGGAAGUGGUUCCCCGCGUGCUUCUACUUCCUGGAAUUUCGACGAAGGGCCGAAAGAUUCACCGGCCGCGCAAUCACAGCAAUCGCUUCCGGCGGUGAAUGGCACGGGCGGGAUGUCAAAGGUGGCCAGCCUUCUGUCGCUAGCUGAUUACCAGGCGGAAGAGGAUUCGUUUGCUAAGUAUGAUAGAGAGCACGCCAAUGAUGACUUUGCAACUUCACCGACGCAAAACUCCAGCGCUUGUAGCGAGAAUUCGGCGGGCAGCGAUGAGAGGGAUGAGCCGCGACCGCCGGCUAGAGAGUCUGACGACGAUGACAUUGAACGCUUGUUGGCAGCCGGGAAAGAAGCUCGGAUCACCCCGACAAGUCAGGUUGAGGAUGGCUCCAGCCCAAUGCCGGACGGUGCAGGGGAUCAAGCAGCUACUCCGGAAGCCGAUAGGGAACCCAUUGAAAUCCCAUCAGACGCUGAAGGUGAACCCGACCCGGAAGUGGCCUUGAAAUUUCAACGAUUGUUCGAGCGCAAGGCCCAGGGAUAUAACAUCAACGAUCAACUUCUCAAUAGUCGCACCUUCACCAACCCGAGCGGCUACGUCAUCAUCAAAGAAAAGUCUGGCAUCAACGAGCUGGGCACCAAUUUCCCAAAGCACAUCUACGAUCCGACCAUCUUCCCCGAGGACUGCUUCUACGAUAAGCUGAGCGAGGCGCAGAAUCGAAUGAUGACGCAAGAAGUGGCUGGGCCGUCAAGCGAGAAGAAGAAAGAAGAGCAA